UACACUCUUCCUUUCAACAUUUUACCUUUCUUUUCCCUCUCCCUCAGUAUUCUGGUGCCCAUUCAUUAAACCCUAGCCACAGAUAAACUCCUCCUUCCUCCACCAUGCCCUUGUCUUCUUCCGGCGCUUCUUCCGGCGCUUCUUCCGUUCCUUCACUUACGGCUCCUGUUCCCUUUCCUUCUCAUACUCCCGGUGGGCAUGUAAUGUACAAAAAUCGUUUGCAAGAGUUUACAUCAAGGUCAGGCAAUGAAAUUCCUGUGUAUCAAACCAUCAAUGAGGGAGUGCAGCAUAUUCCAAAGUUUAGGUCGACUGUGCGGGUGGCUGGGAUUGAUUACACUUCCAAAUCUACAUUUACCCAGAAAAAAGCUGCCGAACAGGAUGUAGCUAGACUUGCUCUAGAAGCUAUCCUUGAGAAGACCAGAGAAGAAGGACCCUCUCUUGUUAGUGAGAUUUCUCCAUUAUGCAAGUCUAUCGUAAAUGAAUAUGCUUCUAAAUUGCAUAUCGAGGGACCUUCAUACAACACUGUUCAGCAACAAUUAGGAGGUGUACUUCCGGUUUUCACAUCAUCAGUAGUUUUCAAUGGUACAAGUUACACUGGUGAUCCUGCAAGAACCAAAAAGGAAGCUGAGCAGUCGGCAGCACAAGCUGCUAUUCUUUCAAUUAUGGGUGAUUCUAGCACUGGAACUAAGCUCAUUGAGAUAAUUAAGUCGAAGUCUAUAUUUUAUGAAGCAAUCAAAGGGAAGGGUCUAUUUCUGUUACAGGCUAGUGAAGUGUUACAAACACCAAAGUCAAAAGAUAUUUCUGUUACACCGGAUCCUAAAGAGGCAGUAGUUCCAGAUUCUGUGCCUGAUAAAAGUGAAGUUAAAGUUGAGCAUACCGAGUCUUCUAAAAUUGAUUCUACAUGUCAAAAGCAAGAAUCCUCCCUUCAAGCCACCCUGCCUUUGCAACCAGGUUCUGCACAUUCCAUUGGUAAUGAUUUAAGUUCAGAAAGGCAAGAAUCCUCACUGCAAGCCACCCCGCCUUUGCAACCAGGUUCAGAACAUUCCAUUGAUACUGAUUUAAGUUCAAAAAGGCGGAAGAGGAACAAGAAGAAGGCUAAUAAGAAGCCACGGUUGGAAUCUCCGUUACCGAUUACUGCACUUCCUAUGAACCAAGCCCCUCCUUGCACUUCAGUUCCUUGAACCAGGUUCUCCUUGUUCGGUGGCACAGUAAAAGUGUAAAAUCUGAUGCAGAAAAAACUGUGGAUGUGUUAAAAUUCACCGAUGUUGUUAAAAUUUUAUUCAUGUGACCUCUCUGUUUUAUUAGGCCCUUUUGGUACUUGUUUUGCCUUCAAACUUUUGUUGGAAAAGCACAGGUUUACUCUCCUGGGGCUGUUUAACAAUCUUCUCCCGCUUACCUGUCUUGACUAGAAGGUAAUUUUAAUAAUUUUCGUAGGACCGUCUAAAAUAUAUUUUGUAUUCUGAAA